AUGGGAAAAUGUUUGAUCAACAGUACAACACAUGUUCCUGAACAUGAGUACUACGGAAAAUUGGCACUUCUACAAGGAUGUCUCAUGGCGUCGGCUAUCGUACCAAUGGUCAUUGGAUUCACCGGCAUUGUGGGAGUACUAACUAAAUUUAUUGGACCGCUCACGGUAUCGCCUCUGAUGCUGCUGUUGGCAUUUUCACAAGUGAAUACUAUGGUUGACAAGAUCAGUCUCCAUUGGGUAGCUAUCAUUCAAGCAAUAACGUUGUUCAUCACAAUUCUGUACCUUGCCGAAGUUCUCGUUCCUUUACCUGGGCUCAAGUACGGUAAACUGCACUGGUACCGGACUAACGUAUUCGGACAGUAUCCGUACUUGAUCGCUAUUGUGAUCUCAUGGGCAUUCUGCCUAUUCCUGACCGUCUUCGAUCUCGUCGAAGCAGGUGGUCCUGCACGAGUUGACAUUCCUCACAAAGUGAACGCCAUUAAAAACUCCGCGUGGAUAGCCGUACCAUAUCCAGGUAAAUUCGGUGUGCCAUCGUUCAACGUCAGUCUCUUUCUGGCGUACCUUCUCUCGGCCAUGACGUCCGUCUUCGAAUCAGUCGGCGAUUACCAUGCCGCUGCUCGGAUAUCACAAGAACGAGCACCGCCGAGUCAUGCCAUAAAUCGAGGAAUCCUUGCUGAAGGUAUUGGUUCGUUUCUAUCGGGAAUGUUGGGACCAGCCGUCGGAAUGACAACCCACACAGAGAACAUUGGUGUCAUCGGCGUCACCAAAAGUCGCCUCCAGAUGGACUAUGGUUGUCGCUGGCGUCCUAUUAAUUAUUUUGGGUGUAUGUACAAAGUCUGA